CAGAGUGGUAGCCAUUUUAACGGGUCCUCGAGAACUUGCGUAAAGGUCUCUCUUUUAAUCCCCCAGUUUUGUUCAUAGAGGCUAUUAUUGCUAUAAACUUCAAUCGUACGGAUUGAGAUUGAGGCUCUGAGAACUGUGGUACCUCGUCGUUUGAUUGGUAGCUUUGGUGAAUUUGAAUGGCUGGGAUUUGCUGUGGAGUAGUUGGAGAAGGAGAAACACCGGCUGCAAUCGAGUCGGGCUCAAGAAAUUCAAGGCGCCGGAGAAUGGAUCUCCUGCCGUUGAAACUGAUCGCCGAUGUGGCCGUACAACCGGCGGCUCUGGAGAACGGAAGGAAACGCCAGAAGCUCGACUUCUGCCCUCCGUCAUCGCCACUUCGCGAAUGCGAGACCGCAGUGAAAAAUUGCGUGUCCGGCGUAGAGGAAGGCAAAGAAUCGAAUCCGAAGAAUGAGUUAUUGCAAUCGAAUGGAGCGGUGGAUUCGUGUGAGAGUUCCAAGUCCGCGGAGGCGAGGAAUGAGUAUCCUAAGUUCGGCAUGACCUCUGUUUGUGGAAGGAGAAGAGACAUGGAAGACGCCGUCUCGGUUCAACCUUCGUUCUGUCACCAAAAGAAUGAGAUUUCAAACGGAUUUCAUUUUUUCGGCGUGUUCGACGGCCACGGUUGCUCUCAUGUUGCUAUGAAGUGUCGGGAUUUGUCGCAUGAGAUAGUGAAGGAAGAGGUGGAAGGCGCAGUAGAGGCUGUGGAUUGGAAGGCCACGAUGGAGAGGAGCUUUGAGCGGAUGGACAAGGAGGUCGGCCAUUGGAGUGGUCCUCUCAAGAGCUCCUCGACCUGCAGGUGCGACAUCCAGACUCAGCAGUGCGACGCCGUUGGAUCCACUGCCGUCGUCGCUGUCGUGACGCCGGAGAAGAUCAUCGUCUCUAAUUGCGGCGAUUCUCGCGCAGUACUCUGCCGAAACGGCGUCGCUGUUCCGCUUUCCUCCGAUCAUAAGCCAGACCGACCCGACGAAUUGGAACGGAUCGAGGCCGCUGGAGGGCGCGUGAUUUACUGGGACGGUCCCAGAGUCCUUGGAGUCCUGGCCAUGUCUAGGGCAAUAGGUGACAAUUAUCUAAAACCAUACGUGAUUCCGGAACCGGAGGUGACGAUAACGGAUCGGAUGGCGGAGGACGAGUGUCUAAUUAUUGCGAGCGAUGGCCUCUGGGACGUGGUGUCCAACGAAAUCGCGUGCGGAGUGGCGCGCAUGUGCCUGAGCUCGCGGAAGAAGCCGCCGUCGCCGCUGCCUGGGUCCCCGCAAAGCGACCUGGCGGCAGUGCCUCCCGCCGCCUCAAAGAGCUCGGACAAGGCGUGCUCCGACGCGUCCAUGCUAUUGACCAAGCUGGCCUUGGCUCGGCGUAGUACGGACAAUAUCAGCGUUGUUGUGGUCGAUUUGAGAAGAAAUCAUCACCAAUAGUCUUUAGGAACAGAAGGCUAAUCUUGGCCAAAGAAAACAAAAAUUAUGAUAGUAGCUUCCUGUUGGAAUUGUAAUUUUUAGGGUGAUCUCCGAAAUCGGGAAAAAAAAAAAAAAAUUCGAAACAAGAAAUAUUUGUUUCUGAUAUAUAUGUAUACAUAUGUUUCUUUAUUCUUUUCUUUUCUUUUUUGGUUUGGAAUGUGUGGGGAGAUAUUUAGAGGGCUGCAAAAUUAGCAGCAAAUUGGAGAUGUAAUCGGAGAUGGGUGAGCUUCGGAUUGUGAAUGAUGAACAGAACAGAACAGCAAAGCAUCUUUUUAGUCCAUAA